AUGAGCAUCAUCUCAUCUGCUCGCGCCCUCUUCCGUCCCAUAGUCUUCAUUCUGAUCGUUCUCUUCCUCGUCCUCACCUACAACCACGGAUCCUCCCGAGACACACAAUCCAACAUGUCCGAGGAAACCAAGAACAACGCGCUAUCCAAGCUCAGCAUCCGCAUUCGUCAAUCCUCAACCUCCCCUCCCACGGUCACCUUCUCUGUUACCAACGACCACAACGCACCCCUCACGAUCCUGCGCUGGGCCACGCCCCUGGACCCCCUAGCCCUCCAGCUCGGAGUCCUUUCCGUCACACCGGAAGGCGCAGACGCCCCGCUCGAAAUCGACACCAUCGCGCUGAAGCGGAUCAUGCCACCCCGCGACGAGGACAUGGUCACCCUCCAACCGGGCGACACCACGGAGAACGAAGUAAUCCUGCGCGAAACCGUGCUGCUGUUUGACAGGCUCGGCAAGACGCCGCGGGUGGCGGCCAAGGGGACGUGGCAGACUGUGUGGCCCACGACGGCGGAUAAGCUUAGCAAGGAUACUCUCAUGAAGCUACAGUUCGGUGAUGGCGUUCUCUCGGGCGACUUUGAGACGGAAGCUAUCGAGGUUACCGUUGCGUAA